AUGGGUACUUGUUGGUUCCUUAAAUGGGUCUUGGCUUUAGGCCUUUUAGGGAGUUGUGUUCAUGGCCUUGGUGUUAACUGGGGAACUAUGGCUAUACGUAAAUUGCCACCAAAAACAGUUGUUCAAAUGUUGAAGGAUAAUGGGAUCCUUAAAGUGAAGCUUUUUGAUGCGGACCAAAAUACAAUGACUGCACUUGCUGGUUCUGGCAUUGAAGUUAUGGUUGCCAUUCCUAAUGAUCAGCUUGCUGUAAUGGGUGAUUAUAAUCGUGCUAAAGAUUGGGUCAAGAGGAAUGUCACUCGUUAUAACUUUAAUGGAGGAGUUACCAUCAAGUAUGUAGCAGUUGGUAAUGAGCCUUUCCUCAAAUCCUACAAUGGUUCAUUUCUAAACACCACCUUCCCAGCACUUCGGAACAUACAAAAUGCCCUUAAUGAUGCUGGGGUUGGAGACUCCAUAAAGGCCACUGUACCCUUAAAUGCUGAUGUCUACAACUCACCAGAUGAUCAAGCUUAUCCAUCUUCUGGAAGAUUCCGCAGUGAUAUCAAUGACAUUAUGACCCAGAUUGUUCAGUUUUUGAGUCAGAACAAAGCACCUUUCACUGUGAACAUCUAUCCUUUCCUAAGUCUUUAUGGAAAUGAUGAUUUCCCCGUUGAUUAUGCUUUCUUUGAUGGGGCACCUCAACCUGUUGUAGAUAGAGGUACUGGGAUACAGUACACCAAUGUUUUUGAUGCCAACUUCGACACCUUGGUUUCGGCCCUGAAAGCAGCGGGGCAUGGGGACAUGCCCAUUAUAGUAGGCGAGGUAGGUUGGCCCACAGAUGGAGACAAGAAUGCCAACAUAGGUGAUGCUAUUAGAUUUUACAAUGGGCUUUUACCACGACUCGCAGGCAACAGAGGCACCCCACUUCGGCCUGGCUACAUAGAAGUUUACUUGUUCGGUCUUCUUGAUGAGGAUGCCAAGAGCAUCGAUCCUGGAAAUUUUGAGCGCCAUUGGGGGAUCUUUCGGUAUGAUGGGCAGCCUAAAUUUCCAUUAGAUCUUUCUGGUCAGGGUCAAAACAAGUUACUAGUGGGUGCGCAGAAUGUGCAAUAUCUUCCGGCGAAAUGGUGCAUGUUUAAUCCAAAUGCCAAGGAUCUUAGCAAGCUUGCAGAUAACAUAGAUUAUGCUUGCUCGCGUUCAGACUGCACGGCACUUGGAUACGGCUCUUCUUGUAACAACUUGGACACCAAUGGGAAUGCUUCGUAUGCUUUCAAUAUGUACUACCAGGUACAAAACCAGGAUGAAUUUGCCUGUAAUUUUGAAGGCCUGGCCACGAUUACCGACCAGAACAUAUCCCAAGGGAGCUGCAAUUUCAUCAUUCAGAUAGUAGCUUCGUCUUCCUCCUCUCUCACCCUCUCUUUGAUGGGAAAACUGGAGAACAGAUAUCUGCAACCUGCAAAAUCAUUGUCACCGUCACUCCUUGAAGGAAGUAAAAUCCAAGAUGGUGUCAAAAAAGCCAUUGAAAAGAGGGGGUCCGGUGGGAAACAUGGGAGGGAAAACCUACAGGCUACUGGGCUUUCACUUGGAGAGAUAGUUCAAAGGAAUCAGAAAGUCUAA